AUGGCUGCUGUAGCGACACCUAGAGGACGGCCCAGCAACGAGGAGCUGCUGCGCAAGCCGCCCCAGGAGAUUCUCCGCUGGCUGCAGAAAGUCGAAGCGGAGAACCUGAAGCUUAUGUACGAUCAUGGUGCAAUGAUGCAAGAUGUCAACCGCCGCAUGCAGGUGCACCUGAUGGAGAUCCGGCAGCUGCGUGAGGUGAACGAGCGGCUUCAACGCGACAGCCAGGAACUGCGCGACCUCUGCUGCUUUCUGGAUGACGACCGGCAGAAAGGGCGAAAGCUGGCGCGCGAGUGGCAGCGCUUUGGCCGCUACACGGCGUCCGUCAUGCGCCAGGAAGUGUCUGCCUACCAGGGAAAGCUGAGGGGCCUCGAUGCACGGCAGCAGGACCUAAUCCGCGACAACAUCCAGCUCAAGGAACUCUGCCUCUACCUGGAUCAGGAGCGGUCGCAGACGCUCUGCACGAACUGCGGCGGUGUUCUGCCCGAGGGCAGACGCGACGACGGCGAUGGCAGCUCGUCUUCGACCAUUACCACCCAGGACGAGGUUCCCUCCCCCUUGCCCUGUUCGCCUCCUCCGCCGCGGCCCUCGCCUUCGUUGCCUCCUGUGCCAUCCGGCAGCAUACCCAACGGCACGGCUAACGGCCAUGUCCGACCGCCCUCCAUCGUCCCAAACGGGAGCCGGCUUCCCAGCCGGAGUCAGCCACCCAUGCGAACGCCUGCCAUCAAAGAGGCAAUCCACCGGCACAGAAGCGUCAUAAAUGAACAAGUUUUGCGGUAUAUCCGGAAUUUGGAGAAGCGCAUAGAGAUUCUGGAAGCUGAAAAGGGCAUCGUCAAAAAUUCUCCCCACGAGGAACUUCCACACAAGCCACCUCAGCAGCAGCCGUCUCCAGGAGGGCCCGAGAAAAAAUUUCAAAGUGGAAUUCCACGCGCCCCUCACUACCGGAAACCCGACGACACCGGUCACAUUGUGCCGCCGCCAACAUUGCAAGGCACCGGCAAAAAUACCCCGGACAGCACGGAACCGUAUGUGGGCGUGGCGAGGCCAGAGGCAGUCGUACAUGCCAUGAAGGUGAGCGAUUGCCAUCUGUCCCUCGAGGUUCACGAGCAGCUGGACAAGGCUACGGACAGUGAACUGGAGUUCGAAGAGCUUGCUGAAGGAGAGAAGGCACUUGUGCGCGAAAUGUGCAACGAACCGUAUGUGGGCGUGGCGAGGCCAGAGGCAGUCGUACAUGCCAUGAAGGUCCUCGAGGUUCACGAGCAGCUGGACAAGGCUACGGACAGUGAACUGGAGUUCGAGGAGCUUGCCGAAGGAGAGAAGGCGCUUGUGCGCGAAAUGUGCAACGUGGUCUGGCGGAAACUCGAAGAUGGGCCAGCAUGAUCCGACUGUGCCAAUAGCUUCAAUGGUGCUAUCGUUGCUGUUGCAAAGACAAGGGAACUUCGCAUCCUGUACCGGCGAGUUUCGAAUCAACACCUUCCAAGCUGCAAGUUAUAGCAGAAAAUUAGGUCAGCACCAUUGUAUACACCC